ACACUCAUACUUAAUUAAUUGAAUAUUUUGAACCUAUGAAACAAUUUUUUUUUAAUUAUCUGUAUAUCUACUCACCAAUACUUACUUGGCAUCUUCCUUGAACAGAGUAGAUCCGGUUGGGUUCAGUGGUGUCAUUAAGCGAAAAUAUGAAGAUAUAAAUCAUCCUAAGUACAAGUACAACGUAGAAAUUGUAAGAAGGCAUAGACGACACUACUACUAAUUUUCCAAGUCUGUUUAGCGAUCAAGAAUUCAGCUCAGGUUUAGACUAGAGACUCGAACAACAAUGGAGUUUCAUAACGAGACGUCAAUCAAUGGCGUACAUAUUAUUUCACUUACAUACGAUUGACACCACAUACAUAUUUAUGUCUUGAUUUAAAACCAAGGAAUUGUUCAGUGCAAACCGCAAAGUCAAGUGUUUUCCAGUAUUAAUGGAAGUGUUUAAUAUUUAAGUACUUAAAUCAGAAUAAUACCAGUGUAAAAUUUAUCAAGUAAAGAUUUGUUAUGCACAGAAGUGUUAUUUGAAUCGCUUAUCAUCGCCCAUACAUACAGAUAACAGAACAAUAUCACCCACUAACGUGUUUGUGAACUCAUGCAUUCUUCAAUUGGCAUCUGAUCUUUCUCUCUGUGGAUCACGACAAGAUCGCUUGCAUCAUGAAACUGAUAAUUUUGCAUUGGUUUAUAUUGUACGUGUGCUUAUUCUUUAAGAUUUCUCAUGGACAGGAAUUUGAAGAACCUUGUAACAGUACGAUAUACUGUCAAGGCCCCCUUCUUGAAACGGUCCAGCUCAACCAUCUCUUCGUUGACGACAAAACCUUCGUCGACCUCGCAAUGAAACACCCUCCCCAAGAAGUGCUAUCUAAUUUUGAGGCACUUGGUUUCUCGGGCGAUGUUCACGGAAACGAAACACUGAUUGAUCAGAUCCGGGAUUUUGUUGCCCUCAAUUUUGAGGACGGAACAGAAUUUGUGCCCUGGACUCCUAGUGACUGGAUAGACAACCCUGUUUUCCUCAACAAUAUUUCCGACCCUGACUUAAAAAGUUGGGCUGAAACACUUCAUUCAUUUUGGGAAGAACUUGGCCGUCAAAUUAAAGAAGAUGUUAGUACUAGCGAUCGCUACUCUAUGCAUUAUGUUUCACACCCAGUUAUCGUUCCUGGAGGACGCUUUAAGGAAUUUUACUACUGGGACUCUUACUGGAUUCAGAAGGGCCUUAUUGUUUCUGAAAUGACGGCCACCGUGCGUGGAAUGAUUGAGAAUUUUGUGGAGAUGGUUGGAAAAUUGGGCUAUAUUCCGAAUGGUGGUAGAAUUUAUUAUGAGCGAAGUCAGCCACCACUUUUUAUUGGAAUGGUUAAAAAUUACUUUGACGCCACUGGAAAUUUGACUUUCAUAAGAGAUAACAUUCGCAUAAUGGAGGAAGAGUUCCAGUUUUUUAUGGAACACAGAACCGUUACUUUCCAACUUCCUGGUGGGCAGCAGAGUUACAAAAUGGCGAGGUACAAUGUUGACCGGAAGGGUCCACGCCCCGAGUCUUACAGCAAAGACUUUGAGCUGGUUGAACCACUUACCAUUAAUGAGACCGAGAAGGACAUUUUGUACGCCAACUUGAAAGCUGGAGCAGAAUCCGGUUGGGACUUUUCUUCGAGGUGGUUUGUUACAGAAGACAAUGAAAUUGAAGCCAACUUGUCUCACACCAAGACGCGUGACAUCAUUCCUGUUGAUCUAAAUGGAUUUUUAUAUUGGAACGCAAUUAUUCUUGAAGAGUUUUGUCAAUUGGUUCCAGACAACUGCACGCUUGGAAAUGCAACGUAUUAUGCAAGGCAGGCGGCUGAUUGGAAGCAAGCUAUUCACGAUGUCUUAUGGGACGAAGAAUUGGGUUCCUGGUUCGAUUAUGACUACGUCAGAGGAAAUCUACGCAAAGAAUUCUUUGCAACUAACGUUGUCCCUCUUUGGGUGAAGGCUCACCACAAUGAGACAGCAGUCCCAAAAAUAGUGAAGUACUUCAACGACGCCAAAGCCACAACGUUUCCUGGAGGAAUUCCCUCCUCGAUGGCUCAAACCGGACAACAAUGGGACUUCCCCAAUGGUUGGGCCCCACUUAAUCACAUGGUCGUCGAAGCAUUCGAGUACUCUGGAAAUCAAGCUGCACAAGAACUGGCAUUCGAUUUGGCUCAACGGUGGACAAGAACGAACCAUUUGGCUUAUCUAACUCACAACAACACAAUGUUUGAAAAGUAUGAUGUGACCUGUCUUGGAUGCGCUGGGGGAGGUGGAGAGUAUGAAGUCGUUGUUGGGUUUGGUUGGACCAACGGUGUCAUUCUCGACUUUUUGCAAAUGUACGGCAAUCGAAUGACUGCAUAUCGAAAACCAGGUGACAGUGGAUCGUCUUCAGUUCAUGUUGGAAUUGUUACCCUUAUUUUCUCAUUAUUAUCGGUAUUAAAAUCCUGUAACGAUUUAUAGUUUUUAAUCAUGUUGAAGAUUGUAUAUUUAUCGCAAUCCAUAAAAUAAAAACUUGAAAAACUGCA